AUGUGCCUUCCUGGUCUUGGAAGUACGCUCCUAGACGUGCUGUUCCCGGACUCGUUUAGCCAGAUCUUCUGGAUUGUUUUCAUGGCCAUCACUGUAGUGCCGUCGUGCUUGAUUCCGACCCUGAAGGAGGCGGCGUCUGUGGCGUUCGUCGGUUGUCUCGGCACUCUCAUCGCUGACAUUAUCGGCGUGAGUAUCCUCGAGUGGGAGAUGCGCGGCCACCCGUCCAUUCCGACGCCGGACAUCACGCUGCACCAGGUGCUUACGACGUUCGGCAACCUGUCACUGGCGUACGGCGCUUCCGUUGUCGUGCCCGACCUCCAGCGCCAACACUCUGAUCCCACCCGCAUGCCCCGUAUCAUCCUCGUGAGCCUGGGUGCUGGUUCAGCAUUCUUCUUGGCCAUUGCAAUUGCUGGCUAUGCUGCUGGUGGUUGCCAGCUCUCGGGCAACUUGCUCUUCUCCGUUGUAAACAUCGCGGACCCGACGGUUCCGUCCGCUCUGGGUUUUAUUCCCAGCCGUGGCGCUGUGAUCAUGGCCUACCUGUUCAUGCAGAUCCACAUCGUCAUCGCCUUCUCGACGGUAAUCCAGCCGCCAUUUUACAUGGCUGAACGCUUCAUCCUCGGCAUGCACAAGACUACCACGGAGAUCGAGAAGCUGUCGACCGCCCCCGACCUGUCGACGCCAGACCUUGAAGGUAACUAUAACGUCUCCAACACCCCGGGCGUCACACUGCCGACUGAACAGCAGCGGAAAGAGAAGGAAGAGCAGGAACUAUCAGAGUACCAGGGCGCGGGAACUGUGCUCCGUUAUGUGACUCUACGUCUGUGCAUCAUUGCCGUGCUUGUGGCUGUUUCCAUCGGCCUCCGUGACAAGUUCCUCGACCUCGUGGACUUCACGGGCGCUUCGGCCAUUACAGUGUGCUGUCUCGCUCUACCUAUUACGUUCUACCUCAAGGUCUUCUGGAAGGAGCUGCCCGCGUACGAGCGUAUCGUUGCCAUCCUAGUUAUCGUCAUCUGUAGUAUCGUCGGUUGCUAUGUCAUGAUCUACGCCGGCAAGAACCUCUUCAAUCCGGACACAAAAACCGCCACGUUCCCGUACUGCUCUGUAGAGAGCCAAAUGGAGCCGUACUACGUCCGCAAUUCUACUUCCAACUAA